GGCUGGAGGCUGCCAGUUGCGGAGUCAGAGAUACACGGCGCUGCGCUCUCGGUUCGCAGCGGAAAGCGUCUGACAACCUGGGUUAAGCUCCAUGCAGCUGUCGUAAAACGCCUGUUUGGAAACAACGCAUUGCAAACCUCUGGGAAACGAUUUGCGAAUUUAUUAUCCAGAAAGCGAUUCCUGGGGCGUAAAGACCCAGGGCUGCUCAGGUGCGAAGUGCCAUCGACCUUGGAGAGCUUCGGCUACAUUGUUUCUUUCUUGCAAACCUGUACGUACCUGCCUAGAAAGAGCCCGCCGAGUCACACCGAAGAAUCAUCCCCUUGCUUGCUCGGGCUAACACGGGAGACUGUAUCCGUCUGAAGCUCGCAGGAGGACAAGUGGACAAGUGGAGACGCCGACGUCAUUUUUAAAGGGGGAUCAUUAUUGUUUGUAAACGACUGGGUUAUAGAGGAGCUGCUAGGAGGUUUUGCCAACAGAUUCCCACGGUAGGAUCCUGUGAGCGAGCUUUCCUGCUAGCAAGACGUGGACUGCAAAAAAAAAACCUCGGGAGUUCUAGCUCAGCCUGGCUUCAUUAGUGUAACGAUUUCUACGGGUGUUUGGGAAGAUACGGUUUCAGGAUGCCACUCGCACAACUUGCAGACCCAUGGCCCAAGAUGGAGCUUGUUCAGCUGGAAACCGAGAAUGGACAGAGCAUAACAGAGGAAGGUGUUGCUCCAGCUGUAAAGGAUAAAUCAGAAAUAACCUGGGUAGAGAAGGAUUUUGCCAAUUUAGCAGUCAAGGAGGACGAUGUUAUCAAGGAGAUCAACAUCACGCACCAUGUCAAGGAGGGCUCAGAGAAGGCGGAUCCCUCCCAGUUUGAGCUGCUUAAAGUCCUGGGGCAGGGCUCCUUUGGGAAGGUGUUUCUAGUCCGCAAAAUCACACCUCCCGACGACAACCAACUAUACGCCAUGAAGGUCCUGAAGAAGGCCACUCUAAAAGUGCGGGACCGAGUGAGGACGAAAAUGGAGAGGGACAUUCUAGCUGAUGUGAACCACCCUUUUGUUGUGAAGUUGCACUAUGCUUUCCAGACUGAGGGAAAGCUCUAUCUAAUUUUAGAUUUUCUUCGCGGAGGGGAUCUCUUCACCAGGCUGUCGAAAGAGGUGAUGUUUACUGAGGAGGAUGUGAAGUUUUACCUGGCUGAGCUUGCCCUGGGCCUAGACCACCUGCACAGCCUAGGCAUCAUCUACAGAGACCUCAAACCAGAAAACAUCCUCUUGGAUGAAGAAGGACACAUUAAGCUCACAGACUUUGGCCUGUGUAAAGAAGCCAUUGACCAUGAGAAGAAAGCCUACUCUUUCUGUGGCACCGUGGAGUACAUGGCACCAGAAGUAGUGAACCGCCAGGGCCACAUACACAGCGCUGACUGGUGGUCAUUUGGGGUACUAAUGUUUGAAAUGCUCACAGGAUCGUUACCAUUUCAAGGAAAGGAUCGGAAGGAGACCAUGAACCUCAUUCUCAAGGCAAAACUCGGAAUGCCUCAGUUCUUGAGCGCUGAGGCCCAGAGUUUGCUGAGAGCCCUCUUCAAAAGGAACCCAGCCAACAGACUAGGCUCUGGACCUGAUGGCGCAGAGGAGAUUAAACGCCAUGCUUUCUUCUCCACAAUAGACUGGAAUAAGCUUUUUCGGCGAGAAAUCAAGCCCCCGUUCAAGCCCGCUGUGGCAAGGCCGGACGACACUUUCUACUUUGACUCCGAGUUCACCUCGCGGACGCCCAAAGAUUCCCCGGGGGUCCCGCCCAGCGCCGGCGCACACCAGCUCUUUCGAGGUUUCAGCUUCGUUGCCACAGGGAUGCUGGAGGAAGAAGGGAAAGAGGAACCGGUCCAUCUGACCUCACACCCCGUAGUGCAGCAGCUGCACGGGAAGAACACUCAUUUCACAGACGGCUACGUUGUGAAGGAGGAUAUCGGAAUGGGGUCCUACUCCGUGUGCAAGCGAUGCGUUCACAAGGCCACGAACACAGAAUACGCCGCCAAGGUGAUUGAUAAGAGUAGGACGGACCCUUCAGAGGAAAUUGAGAUCCUCCUGAGAUACGGGCAGCACCCCAACAUCAUCACCCUGAAGGACGUGUACGACAAUGGGAAGUACGUGUACCUGGUGACAGAGCUGAUGAGGGGCGGGGAACUGCUGGACAGGAUCCUGAAACAGAAGUGCUUCUCUGAGCGCGAGGCCAGCGCCGUCCUCUACACCAUCACCAAGACAGUGGAGUACCUGCACUCACAGGGGGUGGUCCACAGAGACCUGAAGCCCAGCAAUAUCCUGUAUGUGGAUGAGUCGGGGAACCCAGAGUCCCUGAGGAUCUGUGACUUUGGAUUCGCCAAGCAGCUGAGGGCGGAGAAUGGGCUACUGAUGACCCCAUGCUACACCGCCAACUUCGUCGCCCCUGAGGUCCUGAAACGCCAGGGCUACGAUGAGGGGUGUGACAUUUGGAGCCUGGGAGUACUGCUGUACACAAUGCUGGCUGGGUGUACCCCUUUUGCGAACGGUCCCGAUGACACCCCCAGUGAGAUCCUGUCACGUAUCGGGAGUGGGCGCUUCAACCUCAAAGGGGGAAACUGGGAUACCAUCUCAGAUGCUGCCAAGGACCUGGUGUCCAAAAUGCUGCAUAUAGACCCUCACCAACGCCUGACAGCCAAGCAGGUCCUGAAGCAUUCCUGGAUAGUCCACCGUGACAAGUUGCCCCAGAGCCAGCUACAGCACCAGGAUGCCCAGCUAGUCAAGGGCGCAAUGGCAGCAACAUACUCGGCGCUCAAGAGCUCCAAACCCACACCACAGCUCAAGCCAAUCGAGGCCUCCAUUCUGGCUCAGAGGAGAGUGAAGAAACUUCCCUCCACCUCCCUGUAGGGCAUGGCACAAGCCAGGUCGCUAUGGAUACGGCGCCAUGGGCAAUGACCUUCCAGCAGCUGAUGCAUGAUGGACUCUUGUCAUUUUAUUGGGCUUUGUCAGUGGCAGAAUAGGGGUUGCAGCGUGGUUGUAUUUAUCUGUAAAGGACGGUGUGUCUCCGUAGCAUGCCUCAGUUGGCCAAGCGGUGUGUUGACCACAUGAACAUCUGCUUAUUCUUCAGGGUUGCUUUUUUUUAGAAACAAAUUGCACAUCAGUAUUUCUUUCUUAAAAAAAUAGCCAGCUCUACGUAUUCAUACGGUUGUGUUUGUAUUUCCGUGUUCGUUUUUGGUUGAGGAUUACAGCUGGGGUUCUUGGAUCUGAAUAAAGAAAACCUAUGUGAACGCACUUUACUUCAAGCAUUUAUAGAACCACAUGAGGUCCACUAACGUGCACCAGAUAACCACACAGACACUGUGCGUAGAAGCUACUGUAUUGUGCCUGCAAUCACUUUCAGAUUCUGGUGGUAAAAUAUCCGUAUUUAUACUUGGAGUUUUUCAGUGCAUAAAGAGACAGAAACCAAGACUCAAAAGCAUAAGGCAUGUCUUACAUUUUGUGUUGCGUCUUGUGUGCUACCCUGGGCUUUGUGCUUGGUAAUGUGCUGGCAUCUGUGGCUCAGAAAUGGCAUUCUUUCGAAAAACAUUUGUAAGAGUGUUUUUGAUGUACAGUUGUCCAUGAGUCAGCUAAUGGCAUGUUUAGAUACUAUGUUCCUUUUUCUGGUUUUCUUGGACUGUGUUAAUUUUGCCAUUUUUCCUUUCCUAUUUUAUAAAAAAAAAGUCAUGUGGAAUUUUGGGCACAAGAGAUUAAGCAACAGUAAGAAAAGUUUCAGGGGUAAAAAUUGAAUUUUUUUUCCCAAAUUCUCUGCUAAAAUUGAAAAGGGGAUAGGGAGUGACACUCUAAGAUUGUACUACUCAUUGAGAACUCCAGUAAACUGCUGGAGACCAGAAUAAUAAAUAAUUGCAUUUUAAAGAUAAUUUGGUCACAGAUACAGAUGGGGUUUUCUUUGUUGACUGAAUAUUGCAUAUGCCACCUAAACUGUUAUUCCUGGAGAAUCUAUUUAAAUAUUAAGUGGUCAGUCUUUCAUAGUCAGUUUUCAUACAAGAGUACAGGGGAACCAGGUGGUGAGAUGCUCACUGUAGAUCAGGGGUCCUCAAUCUUGGCUGCUGGUUUUCUAGGCCUCUUUAAAGCUGCAGUACCUGAAGAGCUGGGAGAAGCUGUUCAAAUGCUCUAAUUAAAGAACUGACUGGGGACACCCCUGGUUAAUCCAAACUUCUUAGGAAACCACACUUUGGCUUAUUCUUUUGUGGCAAAAUGAGGGCACAUAAAUACACCCUGCUUGUACAAAUUGCAUGGUGUAGGACCUAUGCCCAGGUUUUGAAUCUCAAAUUAAAACAAAUAUGCCGAAAAAUUCCAAAACAAUGUAAGCACACUCCCGUACAGUCCGUUCAGGGUUCGGUCAAAAAAACAGGAUUGUACUCUCCUCCUGGGCAGACCUUUGCUGAGAAGUGUUCUGUUUAUUGACCAGCAGGUGGUCCACAUUCCAAUUUGAAGCCAUCACAGUCUUUCUGCUUUAAUAGGUUCUAAUAGGAUCCUAAGUCAUUGUGCAGGAAACACAAUAUCCCUCUUAAUAAACCAAGAAAUACUCAAAGCAUAAGAACACAAUAUGAAAAUUCACUGUAGUGUCAAGGUUGCUGGGAACCAUAAAUCUUCUGCAUCAUUGCGGUGUCACUUGCAUUUUCUGUCUGUGUUUUUUUUUUCUGCAGUUUUAUAUUUUUGCUGGGUGUAUUUUUUGUUCAAUACUAGAUGCCUGUCAGCACACCUGGGAAUGUCAUUUAGCAUAAUGGGUUUCGCAAUGUUUUUGCCCUCCAAUCUUGGCAAUCGCAAAACCAUUUCAGCAGAUUGUUGGACAUGUUUGUAAAAAAAAAAAUCUCUUCGGUUUUGUCAAGUUUUAUAUAUUUGGAUAAAAUGUGACUGUAGAAGGUUCUCGCCGUACUAAUGUUCUUGUGUGAUUGCCUGUGUUCUCUGCGGUUUCCCCUGUUCUUUCAGGGUGUGAGUGCCCAGGGCUCCAGACGGUACUUACCUUGUCUCUCUGUGGUGACUCAGGGGUUUAUCAUGUUGAGAUGCCUUUGUAUUAAAACUUAUCUCUCUUC